AUGGCGGCCGUCGAACACAAACUGGACACGAGUGACGGAAAUGUGCCGUAUCUCACAGACUUCCCCAAGCGGAUGCGGCACGGUUGGUUCCGAACCAACGACCCGGACUCGACCCUCACGUGCGACCCGUUGCCCAAUGUGAAUAUUUAUCUGUCCGGUAGUCCAAAUUGUAGGAUCGUUGGUAAGAAAGGCAACCACGAGUGGAACUUUACGAUCUUCACAACAGGUGGCCAAGAGUUACAGAACGUGGCCUUGAUAUCCGAUGAUCAUCGAGCUAACUUCUUCCUAAAGUCGGUGCAAGACCAGAAUGGUGCGGAAAUCGGCGUGACAAAUGGCCAGGAGUGGUACUGUUCCUGUCCGGAUGAGGUUCAUCCCCAAAAAGAUAAAAAACAAUACCUGGUGACGGUCGGUUUCACCGCCGAAAGGCACGAUACCUAUCGGCAAAAUUUGAUCUUCGGUUUCCUGAAUUGUCCGGGAUAUCUUCAGAGGAUCUGCGCGGACUACUUGGAUGCUAAAGAUUACGAACGAAUACAGAAGGCAACGAUUUAUCAGCAGUCACAGAUACCGUUAAGAUGGCAGGACCCGUAUCAAUUCUAUUCGCCCUUUAUGCCGCAUGCGAAUCCGCGGGAGAUCAAGCUGUCGCGGAUCUACCCGUACCCGGACAAGCAAAACUUCGUUCUCACCCAAGACACGUUGUCGGACAGUCGACUGACGCCACGGAAUUAUCGGGGUCGCAUGCACGAGAUGAUCACCCUCGAGGAGAUUGCCCGGCACGAACAGCUCUCAAGAUAUAAUCAGAUUUCGUGGUUACGUCUCAUGGCGCAUUACGUGCUAUUCAACAGCGACGGAUCCACCAUCGCCAAAUACACGCCGCCGGGUGAGCUCUUCGCUCAGAUUCCACUCAGUCGGGACAUCUUGGAGGAUACGCAGAGCGGUAGGCUUCUACAGCGCAGUUGUAAUAGCGUUUUCCUCAAGUUAUGGCGGAAGAAAGCAAAGUACGACGUUUUUGAAGCUCACAUCGAAGACAAGAGCUCGCACUUCGUGUACGUUCGGCUGAGCAAAGAGUGCGUAACCUUCUGGGACUUGGAAGCGCAUAGCGAGCUCGAGGUGGAAGUACGAUUCGUGUUGAACCGCCUAAACUUCUGCGAGUGGCAUUUGGCGGUAGAUAGCCUCGAGGAUAUGGACUUGGUUUUCUUGGUGAACGAACAUCGCAAGACCAACGAUGAGAUUAUUGGUGACUUCCUGCAGGUAGACGCCGGUAAUCUUAGUAUCUUCUCUAGUCUACUUCUGGACUCGCCGCUCAAUCAGGAACAAAAGCAAGCAGUUACCGCGAUAACAUUGUCAAUCAAGGUCCCUUCACCACCGGUUCUCCUGCUAGGCCCAUUCGGCACGGGGAAAACAUUCACCAUAGCGCACAUGUUACGUAUGCUCGUGCAAAAUACGAAGAAUAAGAUACUUCUGUGCACGCAUAGCAACAGCGCCGCCGAUCUUUACAUCAAGGAGUUCUUCCAUAUCUGGUACAGUUCGGAUAAGCAUCCCAGGCUUAAACCUGUUAGGAUAUAUUACAAAUUGCGUGCUUUGAACACGGUGCAUCCGGUGGUGCAGCAAUACUGCCUAAUGGACGAACACGGUCGCUUCCGCGAUCCGGUUGCGGAAGAUCUUCAGAAUUGCGGUCUAAUAGUGACCACGCUGGCGACCUCCAGCUGCUUGAUGAGUUUAAAACUAUCACCGACUCACAUAGUCAUUGACGAAGCGGCACAGGCCAUGGAGUGCGAGGCAUUGGUAGCUCUGACUCUGGCGAGCCGAGAGACUCGCUUACUCUUGGCGGGCGAUCAGAUGCAACUCGCACCGGAAAUCUACAGCGUGCUAGCGAGCGAACGAGGACUAGGCGUUAGCCUUCUGGAGAGAUUAUUCGCGUAUUAUCCGCUGGAACAUCCAUGUCGAAUACAUCUAUGUCAGAACUAUCGCGCACAUGCGGACAUAAUCAAGUAUACAUCCGAAACAUUUUAUGACGGGAUGGUUAAGCCCGCCAACAUGCAUCUCCUGAAGCAUCCGGUUAUGAAACCGCUGAUAUUUUAUGCUGUUAACGGUGUAGAAGAACAGGCUACAUGUUCUACGGGAUACCACCAUGUUACGGAGGCGGAAGAGGUAGCGAAUCGCGUCUUGGAAUUGAGGAGAGCAUGGCCGACGCAACAGUGGGGCCCAUACAACGAAGGUUCCAUCGGAGUCUUGUCGUAUUAUCCUGAACAAGUACAACGAUUGCGAAUCGAAUUACGCAAACGCUUGCUUUUUGACGUGUCUGUCGAGAGAGUGUUAAAUGUCCAAGGCAAGCAAUUCACCGCGGUUUUCAUCAGUACAGUCCGGACGAGGAUAUCAGAUAGAUCAUCCGCCGAGGUGAAAAUCAAAGAUUACGGUUUUUUAACAGAUCCACGUUUGUUAAACACUGCAUUGACAAGAGCAAAGUGUUUCGUGGCAGUUGUAGGCGAUCCAGUCGCUCUACUCACUAUAGGUUCCUGCAAAGAUCUUUGGAAGAAAUAUCUGGACGUGGCUGAUCUAUACGGAAUGGACCGAAAAGAAUUGCAGACACAUCUGAAUCAGGUUUCGAAAAUCCAAAUCUCGCCUUUGAAUCCGCACGCGAGGGAAUUUUUUCCCAGAGCGCCGCCCUUGUGCUUUGUCCAAUAUAUUCAAGUGCCGAUUUGGUAUCCGUUAAUUUAUCCUCCACAACAGCCAAUGUGAUGAACACGAUUAUAUGCGGAAAUAUGACAUUCGAUAAUUUUCGUCUCGGGACACGACCGUCCGUUUCAAGACUUGAAAUCAUUACGUUUUGCAGUUACUACUGUCGGCCCUUCCUUCGAUCGUAUCGAUCUCCACAAA